AUGACAUGCACUGGUCAAAACGACACGGUCCUUGCCGUCAAGAAUAUCAGCCAGCUUCUUGAGAAUGCAUCCCGCUGCCAAAGUGGCCUGACAUUCUACGAAACGUCUUCUUCGCAACCCAUGUACACCUUGUACGCUGAUUUCCAGCAAGACACGACGGAGAAAGCUCACCUCCUCCGUGAUUUCUCGGCCUCAGCCUCAGCCUCAGCCUCGGGCUCGUCCAUUGUGCUCCUGCACUUUGACACCCAGUGUGAAGCCGUCCUAUGGUUCUGGGCUGUGACCCUGGCCGGUCUCAUCCCAUGCAUGUCCACCCCGUUCGUCUACGACGAAGGCAAGCGCAAGAAACACAUCCUGCAUCUCCAGGCUUUGCUGGACAAGCCCAUAAUUCUAACCAGCGAGCGACUGCUGUCGGAGUUCCGCGAUGUGGAAGGGCUUGAUCUACACUCUGUUGAGUCGCUGGGUGACAGAAGGACAACAAACCCUGCCAUGAACUUGCCCGGCCCGCUCAAGAACCCCGAGCAGACGGCCUUGUUGAUGCUGACAUCCGGUAGCACGGGGAACGUAAAGGCAGUCCCGCUCCGCCAUGGGCAGAUUCUGGCCGCGCUGCGGGGGAAGGCGUCUCAUUAUGGGAGUCGACCGGGCGAUGUGUUUCUGAAUUGGGUUGGUUUGGACCAUGUCGCAAGCAUGACGGAGGUGCACUUGCUUGCGGUCAGCCUGGGGAGCGAACAGGUGCAUGUCCCUGCAAGCAAACUAUCACAUAAUCCCCUCCUGUUCAUUGAGCUGCUCGAGACUCACCUCGUCACAUCGACAUUCGCGCCUAACUUCUUCCUCGCCAAGUUACGUGAUGCUCUUGCAGCAAAUCCCAAGGUAACGGCGGAUUUGUCUGCGCUGAGAAGAAUCAAUUCUGGCGGGGAAGCCAAUGUUGUCGCGACGUGCGAGGCCCUAACUCGCCAGCUCCAGCAGAGAUGCCGUAUCCCCAGCAAUCUGGAGGUCAUCAGCCCUGGAUUCGGCAUGACGGAGACAUGUGCAGGGGUGAUCCACUACACUGGUGGAUUCCCAUCUGCAGACGUCAAGCGGGGCCUGGAGUUUGCGAGGCUGGGGACUUGCAUCCCCGGUGCGCAGAUGCGGGUGAUAGGCAAGAACAAUCAGCAUGCGGCGUGCGGAGAGAGCGGCGAGCUACAGCUCAAGGGCCCCGUCGUCUUCACCGGAUACUACAAUGACCCGGUCGCGACUGCACAGGCCUUCACGGAGGAUGGAUGGUUCAUUACAGGGGAUCUGGCCUGGCUAGACGAAUCGGGCAGCCUCAACCUCGCCGGUCGGAUCAAGGACAUCAUCAUUAUCAAUGGGGUCAACUGGAGCGCGGCCGAGAUCGAGACGGCCAUUGAAGAGGAGGGAAUCCCCGGCGUGACGCCCUCGUGCACUGUCGUCUUUCCGUAUCGCUACCCUGGUUCCCCGACAGAGGGUGUAGCUGUUGUAUAUGUCCCCACGUUCGGCGAGGACGAGGCCGCCGUGCGGUUCGAGACCGACGCCGCAGUCGCCAAGGUCGUUGCGCUUGUCACGGCGCAAAAGCCAGGCCAUAUUAUCCCGCUGCCGGCAGAGAUGCUGGAGAAGUCGUUGCUGGGCAAGGUCUCGCGCACGAAAGUCCGCACUGCGUUUGUCAGUGGCGUCUACGCCGCCAUAGAAGAGCGCCAGUUGGCUGCGCUCAACGAGUAUCGGCAGUCAACCUGGAAGCAGUGCUCUACAGAGACAGAGCGUAAGAUUCAGGCCGUCUUGAGCGAGAUACUACAGAUCCCUAUGGAGAAUAUCAGUGCCGACUCGUCAGUCUUCGAGCUGGGUAUCUCCUCAUUUGACCUGAUAUCACUCAAGACCAGGAUUGCCGUGGACAUUCCCAUGUCCGUCCUCAUGACACAACCAACAGUGGGUGAAAUCGCCUCUGCAGUCGACAACCUCUACGCUCUACCCCCAGUCUAUAACCCCAUCGUUCCCCUUCAAGUCCACGGCACGCAAACCCCCCUUUUCCUCAUCCACCCCGGCAGUGGCGACAUCCUUGUCUUCAUCGCUCUAGCCGCCCAAUUCCCCAACCGCCCAGUCUACGCCAUCCGCACCCGCGGAUACAACGCCAACGAGCCGCUCUUUCCCACCAUGCAAUCCACAGUCGAAACAUACAGCUCGCACAUCCGCAAGGUCCAGCCCCACGGGCCCUACGCCAUAGCAGGGUACUCGCUCGGCUCAACACUCGCCUUCGAAGUUGGUAAGCUGCUCGAGUCCCAGGGGCAGGAGGUCCGCUUCCUCGCAUCCAUCGACUACCCACCACAUAUCCGGAAAUACGUGUCCGGCCAGAACUGGCAGGACGUUGUCCUGCACAUCUCGUUCUUCCUAGAACUCAUCGGCGACGAGCUCAUGGACUCUGCGAAAGCUUAUUUUCUUUCCCGUGAGAAAGAGGGGAAGCCUCUAUCCCGAGAUGAAACCCUCAGCUAUGUCCUGGCUAUUGGGAACCAGGACCGUGCGCAUGCACUGGCGCUCUCGACCGAGAUCCUAGGCAAGAUCAGCGAUAUUGGUGAGAACUUCCGAAUGCAUGGCGAGAACUAUGAGCCAGUGGGGAGCGUGGACCAUCUCGAUGUGUUCAUUGCGGAUCCGCCGGGGUAUGCGGCCCUGGAUCGCCGCGACUGGGUGGAGAAUAAGUUGGGCGCGUGGAGGGAAUUUGGCAGGACUGAUGUUGAGUUCCAUGAGUGUCCGGGGAUUCAUGCGCGUAUGUUGAAUCCAGAACAUAUUCCGGAGUUUGUGAAGAGCUUUAAGGCAGCGAUGAAGAGGAGGGGGGUUUGA